UUUACCUUUCAACCCUCCGACCCUCCUCCCUUUGAUGAGAAGGUGCAAGGCGAGUUGGCUAUAAGUUGUAACCAGGAUAGUUGGUACGUCUCCCUCUUCUCCCUUUUUCUCGUCCGGGUCUUGCUUUUCCCCUCUCUUAAGUUUUUGCACGUUGAACCCUUUCGUCAUAUACUUCACUUCAACCAGACUUGACAAGGUUCUAGGUCUUCCACUCGUUAGCUUUCGCGAUCAACAACAUCAACAUCAACGAUGUCCGUCGUCGAACCCCACACCCACACCCAUACCACGGCCACCCACUCCGCCCCGGUAACCACCGCCGCUACCACUACCGCUCCCAUCACCAACGAGAAGAAAUCGUUCUUCUCCCGUAAAAAGGUCCCUCACCAGACUCAGGGCGUACCCGUCGGUGUCAACGGUGCGAACGGCCACGGUGCCGGACUCGGGCAUGGAGUUGGAAAUGGACAUGAUGGUAUGCACACUUACCCUCAAGCUCACGGUCAAGAGGGUUAUGCGACGAACGGGCCGUAUGGGAGGGGGUUCAAGUUUGGGUCUUGGUUCAAGCUGAACAUCCUCGACCUCCUCACCAUGGCCGCCAUGGGCGCCAUCGGCCUAGGAGUAUACGAGGCCGAUCCGGCGCCGAGGAGACAUUUUCCGGUCAUCGUACCCGGGAGCAACGUGGGCACUGGGUUGGGGGAGGCUGUUUAUCCAGAGUUCGCUUACCCAUACCGCAAGAACAUCAUCCCCAUCUACGCCGCUGCCCUUAUCGCCUUUUUCGUACCUUUCGUCUUCUUCGUGCUGUUCCAGAUUAGGCACCGGUCCCCGGGCAUGCUUCUGGACUCGACGAUGGGUUUGCUCGAAGGGUUGAUCACCGCCGCCGUCUUCCAAGUCUUCCACAAAUGGCUCAUCGGCGGGCUCCGACCUCACUUUUUGGACGUCUGUCAGCCGGACCUGUCUAGGCAGCAAGGAGCAGGGUUCUUGGGGUACAUGUACACGAGGGAGGUUUGUACGGGCGAUGAGGGGAGGAUCAACGAUUCGUUGGAGAGUUGGAUGUCGGGGCAUUCUACUGCCGCUUUUGCCGGUCUCGUGUACCUCUUCCUCUACUUCAACGCUCAGCUCAAGGUCAUGUCCGACCACCGACCUGCAUACUGGAAGAUGAUCUUGACGAUCGCUCCGAUCUUGGGAGCCAGUCUGAUCGCCGCCUCCUUGACCGUCGACGAAUACCACAAUUGGUACGACUGCGUCGGGGGAGCUUUGACCGGGACUUUCUGCGCUUUCAUCGCCUACCGCAAGACCUUUGCCGCCGUCUGGGACUUUAGGUUCAACCAUAUCGUCACUCCUCGUACCACCUCGUUAUUCAGUCGACAUGCUAUCGCUGGACUUGCCCGCAAGUUUACUUACCAGCACCACGAUGCCAUGGCUCAGCGACCCGCUGCUAGCGAGGGCGGAUGGAGGGAAGAAUCCAUCGGUGGAGCACCUGGCGAUGCCAUCGGUCACGCUUACCCUGCCGGUGGGAAUGCUGGGCAGUUCGGCUCAACAGCCGGUCAGGCUGGACAGUAUGGUGGAAACACCGGAUACGCCGCGCAUCCCGCCAUCCAGGUUUAAACUCUGUGCACGUCCAUCUUGUCGCUCUCUCGAUACACGCUUUUGGGGUGGCCAGGUGCCUUUAGCUUUGCUUCGAUAGACGUUUCUUCUUGUGUUCAGGUUUGAUUCGCAAUUUUGCUAUCCGUGUCUAUGUUGGUGAUAUAUAAUAAUCGUUACACGGAUUCGGCCACGAGCAUAUUUCAAGGGGAAGAAGCAUUGAAGUGCGGUUUCAAGGAACUGUAGUACCUAUGCAAUACUACUUAUUAUCAUCUCGC